AUGGGCAUGCCAAUGAUCACCUGGCCCCGAGUGGAUUUCGAGUUGAUCAGGGAUCCCGUCGGGGCGGCCAUCCGUGAAACGGUCGGAUAUGAUUGGAACAUUGAAACAGAAACUUUCGAGAUAUGGAAAACCUCGUACAGCAACCUCACAGAAAUCCACAACGACCCAGAGCAGUUCCGGAUGGAGAUCGACAACCUGAAGGAGAUCCACACCAUCAUCUUUCCCCAGGAGAGCGCCAUCAAGGGCCGCCUCAACAAGCACAAAUUCAACUCCCUCUUCAACCCGCUCGAAUCCUUCUGCGCCACCACCCUCCCAACAUCCGAGCAAGCCGAGUCCGGCGAAUGGGCCGGCGCAUCCCUGGACCAAUCCACAGCCGACGCGAUCCGGCUCAAAAUCUACCAGGCCGUGCACGAAAUGUUCGAAGACGUCGAGCACCUGAACCACCUGUUCGACCUGACCAUCUACGCCGACGGCGCGGUGCAGGAAAUUGCCGUGCUGACCGUCGUGCUCUACGUGCGCUUCUACGCGCACCGCCGGCGCAUCGGCCCGCGCGAGAGCCAGCGGCUGAAGCUGGGCACCGUGCUGGCGCCCAUGUACUGGCAGAUCCUGCUGAUGGGCUUCGACACGAAGCGCAAGACGGCGUCGCAGCCCUUCCAUCCCAACAUGAGCAUGAUCGAUCAGACGGUUGAGUUAGCAGCGCAGAUGGAGCAGCAGGUGCGGCAGGUCGACUUCUCGCGCAUGGUCGACGCGAAUGCGAAGCCGGAGGUGAGAGAGGCCGGCGAAGUGGCGAUUCAGGCUGGUAUGGCUUUUGGGUUGCUGGACGAGCGGGGCCGUCUGAUCGAUUUUCCGGAUUUCUAG